CCUGUGUUUUUCUACUUUUUCAGCUUUACCGGCUAACCACCAUGGCUACACAGCAGCUUUUGUAUAUAAACUAUAGUAGUGCUUCUGUAACAAACACUCAAAUGUUAUCAGUGCAGGGCAACAGUAUAUUAUACUUUAGUUACUUUAAAACACUUUCAUUUUGGUGUUACUGUUCCUUUAAGUGUGACAUCACAAUGGAUGUUUUGUUAACUGAGAGAUGCCAGUGAGUGUGUGACAUCACAAUGCAUGUUUGGUUCAGUCAGGAGAGAAUCCAGACUUUGCCUCACUUGCAUUUAGACUUCCGUUAGAGACAGACAGUAGAACCUUUUGGGUUUUACUGUUUAUCUAUAGCGGUAGUUCUUUUUGGAAUUAUUAUUUUUUUAAACAUGACCAGGGGAACUAAAACCUUUUGGUAUUUUUUACUAUUUAUCUUAUUUAUACACCUUUGUAGAGGAUCAGCUGAAAUAAAAGAUCCUAAAAAUGAGACAAGUGCUGAAGAUAUCAAUGAAGACAUAGAGAGAAUGAUCAACGACUAUAGGAAACAGUUUGAAGAUGUUACUGGGAAAACCACAUCUGUGCAAACUGCAAUAAAAGAUGCUAAAAAGGAGACAAGCACUGAAGAAAGCAAUGAAGACAUAGAGAGAAUGAUCAACGACUAUAAUAAACAGUUUGACGAUGUUACUGGGAAAACCACAUCUGUGCAAACUGCAAUAAAAGAUCCUAAAAAUGAAGAAAGUAAUGAAGACAUAGAGAGAAUGAUCAACGACUAUAGGAAACAGUUUGAAGAUGUUACUGGGAAAACCACAUCUGUGCAAACUGCAAUAAAAGAUGCUAAAAAUGAAGAAAGCAAUGAAGACAUAGAGAGAAUGAUCAACGACUAUAAUAAACAGUUUGACGAUGUUACUGGGAAAACCACAUCUGUGCAAACUGCAAUAAAAGAUCCUAAAAAUGAAGAAAGUAAUGAAGACAUAGAGAGAAUGAUCAACGACUAUAGGAAACAGUUUGAAGAUGUUACUGGGAAAACCACAUCUGUGCAAACUGCAAUAAAAGAUGCUAAAAAUGAAGAAAGCAAUGAAGACAUAGAGAGAAUGAUCAACGACUAUAAUAAACAGUUUGACGAUGUUACUGGGAAAACCACAUCUGUGCAAACUGCAAUAAAAGAUGCUAAAAAUGAAGAAAGCAAUGAAGACAUAGAGAGAAUGAUCAACGACUAUAUGAAACAGUUUGAAGAUGUUACUGGGAAAACCACAUCUGUGCAAACAACAGAUAAACAAGAGGAGGAUGUAGAAGAAACAACUAGUGGAGUUGAGAGACAAAUCGCUAACCAGAUGAGAUCAACUAUGACAACUACAACAAAUACAAAUGAUAAAUUCCGAAUGAUGGUUAAAAGCUUGGAGAACAACAAUCAAAUGAAUCUGAUUAUCAUUUGUUCAGUCCUGGGAAGUGGAUUUUUAAUGGUGAUUGCCAUAUUGCUGUGCAUAGCAAGGUCCCUUUCAAAAUUAUCCAGAGAAAAGGACCAACUGUCUGAGGCAGAACAAGGAAAUUUAUAAUGACUUUAUUAUGGAACAUCACUUCAGAAAUUAAAAUCCACAGAAAUGCAUUUUAUGUUUAAAAACCCUCCAUUACCCCCCUCAGUCUAGUGUAACACCAAUUGAGGGGUGGUGGUGCAAUGCAACAAUAGGAUCAAAUAUAAAAAUAAUACUCUAGCCUAUUGUUGCAUUGCAAUGACCCCAAAUCCCAGACUAGGACAUGAAUAACAUCUGACCUAAAUCCGAAUGUACUGCUGGGUGAGGGGGUGG